CUGCAAGAUGGCAAGUACAGCGUUUGUGACUCCAGACCCCGUCCAUGAUAAAAGCAGCCGUCCUUAUUUAGUGACCUGGAUGAACAACCUGCUGAAGACGAGCUUCAAAGACGUACGGCAGAUGGGUUCAGGUGCAUGUUACUGUCAGAUCACGCACUGGGUUAUUCCGGGCUCUCUUGAAAUCUCCAAGGUGAAGUUUGAUGUGCAGAGUGAAGAUGACUGCAAGCACAACUUCAGUCUCCUCCAUGAGGCCUUCAGCAAGAGCGGAAUCACUAAGAUGAUUCCAGUGGAGGAGCUCAUUAACGGAGAUCCUCAGAUCAACUUUGAGAUCAUGAAGUGGUUCAAAGCUUUCUACCUGGCGAAUGUGAACGUUGAAGACUACGACCCUGUGAAAGCUCGGGGGGGCCGGGACAUCAGCCCCACUGGGGCUUUCCCCGCACUGAUUAAAGAGAAAUCUAAGCUGGACUCGGAGGAGGAGGUCCGCACUGGACCCAAAGAAUUCCCCUUCUCCGAACAUUGGAUGGAUAUUUUUGACUGGGCUGAGCACAGUGAGCUCGGAGAGCGUUUUACCUUCUGCCGCUCCUGCAACAGAAGCCUGAAGACGUUUUCCAAAGGCCUUGUUGAACUCAGGCGACAUGUGGAGACAAACAAACACAAGAAACGGGUUCAGAUGUACCAGAGAAGCGUCCUGCAGAGCCACCUGUCUGAUCAGCUGCCCUGCAGCGACGCCGCCGUGCGCUUCAUUCACCAGCUCUGCUGCUCCGGCUCCGCUGAAGGUGAACUCGCGUCUCAGCGUUUUGCACGCUGUAAGCUGGGGUUGCAGUACCCCAAAGACAUCACAUCUGUCUGCCAGCACACUCCCUACUGUGUAUACAUCUACGGGGGGGAAACACUGGGAGAGGACGACACCGUCUCCGUGGUCCUUGUUGGGUUUUUUGAUGUCGGAGCCUCCAGGCACCGCAUCCGAUUCCUGGAUGCUCUUCAGUCGGAGGAUCGUGUGGGAGAGAAAACAGCAGCGGCUGUGGUGGAGACCUUGAAGAACUUCGGGUUACCCACACACAAUCUUGCCGCAGUUUAUUCUGAUGGUAAUGGUGCGGCCUCCGAGCACAUCUGCACACAGCUCAGGGAGCUCAACCCGAACAUAGUGUCUGUUGGAGGACUGUACGCUGUCGCUGAUGCUGCUCUCCAUGCUGGCAUUAAGGAGCUGUCCAAUCAGGCCCAAGAGUUGAUGGUAGACAUGCACGCUCACCACUCAUCCUGCUCCUCCCAGAAUGACAACCUCACAGCUCUGUUUGUCUCAGACAUCAGCGCAGACAGACAUCUCAACACCAGCUGCCUCACCUUCUGCCUGUUCGUCACACACGUCUUGGAAGUAUGGACAGAUCUCAUAAUGUACUUUAAAUCUUGUAACAAGGAAGACAAAAAAGCCAAGUUAAUCAGCUCCCAGCUGCAGGAUCCCAAAGUCAGGGCCACGUUUAUGUUCCUGGAGCACGCCUUGAAGCCUCUGCACACUUUCCAAAGGCAGCUGCAGACUCCGGAGGGAGCCGCCCGCGCUGACAUGCUGCUCGUCCUAGAAGAGGCCAGCAGCCUGCUGUGCACCUACACCUCCUACUUCCUUCAGCCUGAAGCGGCUGCUCGCUUCGCCAAGGAACGCGACGCCCAAAUCCUUAAAGACAAGAAGUUCCACCUGUCGAGCCCGGAACUCAGUCUGGGGGGGGGGGCGGUGGAAGAUGUAACACGGCUACAAGAGGAGGCGCUGGCUUUCUACGUCGCACUCACAGGUUGCGUCGCAGAGCAGCUGCCUCUGAGCGACGAGCUGCUCCGCUCCAUCGCUCUGCUGCUGAACCCCCGAAGCAGACUGACGCUGACGGGGAAAGUGGUCCGGGAGCUUGGGACCGAGCUGGAUAUUUGCAGCUCCCCUGAAGAGGUGGAGCAGCUCACAGGUGAGUUCCUGGAGUAUCAGCUGAGUGAGACGGACAGCGCUGCGGGGGCUUCACUGGAGGAGCAUUGGGCCCGCGUGCUGAAGGACACCAAGCCGGCCUCAGUCUUCAGACAGCUGGUCCUCACGCUGCUGUCUCUCCCCUGUCCUCCUCUUCAGGCCCAGCAGCUGUUCGCUCAGGCGCUGGACAGUGAAGAUGCUGCUCUGCUCUCUGAGACUGAAGACAGCGAGUGUGACCUCACGUCCAGCGCUGACGCCCCCUGCCGCAGGAACGCUACAGUCCACGCUGAAGGACUGAAGGACCUGAACGUGUCGGUGAAGCGCUGUGAGGUCCGCCUCACUAAGAUAAAUGACGACGCCUGCACAGCUGGAGAGAACGGACACUUGUGGAAAGAGAUGCCCAUCAGGGGAAGUUAUGGCUGGGAGAGCAGUCUGCGCCAGAAACCACAGGCCCGUGCAGUGUUUCAGGCCGGCGCUGCCACCUGCUUCCCCCCCGAAGGUGAUGACAAGGACAGCAAGACUCAAGACGAGGUGGCUGAAGAGACGUCACCGUUCAGUAAACGCACUCCAAGAGGACGAGGGAAACAGGCCUACCAGGACGGGAAAGGGUUUCUGACAGGAGAGCUGGUGUGGGGCAAAGUGAAGGGCUUCUCCUGGUGGCCCGGGAUGGUGAUGCCUUGGAAAACAAAGUCCUCUCCUCCAGGAAUGCGGCGGGUGGAGUGGUUCGGAGACGGGAUGUUCUCAGAGAUCUACACGGAGGGUCUCAUGAUAUUCAGCGCCUUCACUAAGUGCUUCUGCAAGAACUCCUUUGCCAGCUUGCCCGUCUACAAGGAAGCCGUCUACCAGAUCAUUGAGCUGGCAGGGGAGCGAUGUGCAAAGUCUUUCUCUGAGGCGGAGGGAAAGAAAGAGAGCGAGCUGAAGCUGAUGCUGAGCUGGGCCUCUGAAGGGUUCCUGCCGACAGGACCGGAGGGAUUCCUGCCUCCUGAUGCGGCUGCACAUCAGGACUCUUCUGACUCUGCCAUGUCCGACUACCAGCCGCCUGCCAAACGGAAAUAUGUUUUAAAGAGCAAGGCCGUCGCUCCCAUCAUCACCUACAACAGAGAGUCGAUCAGAGAGAAGGUGAAAGAGAAAGGGAAACACAUUGAAGCUAAAGUAGUUUAA